CGCCUUUAGGUUCUCUUCGGUUGCUCUCUCGCAGCGAAAGGAGCUGACCCACCGGCUUUCUUGUAUACACUCUCGUCUGACGGCAGCAGCCUCUCUCCGCUACCGCGCCAUGGCCAGGUCCAGAGUCUUCUUCGAUAUCGGCGUGGAUGGUGCUCCCAUAGGCCGCCUCACUAUGGAGUUGAGAGGAGACGUUGUUCCAAAAACAGCAGAGAACUUUCUUCAGCUGUGCACAGGGAAACAGGGAUUUGGUUACAAGGGAUCCUGCUUCCACAGAAUCAUUCCAGGCUUCAUGUGUCAGGGAGGAGACUUCACAAUGCACAAUGGAACUGGUGGGAAAUCGAUCUAUGGGACAAAGUUUGCUGAUGAGAACUUCAUCCUAAAGCACACUGGGGCAGGUAUCUUGUCUAUGGCCAAUGCUGGACAAAACACAAAUGGUUCCCAGUUCUUCAUCUGCACUGCAGAGACCGGCUGGCUGGAUGGAAAGCACGUUGUGUUUGGCCAAGUUACUGAGGGCCUUGAUAUUGUUAAGAAAAUGGAGAAGCUUGGGUCCCAAAGUGGGAAGACCAGCAAAAAAGUCACCAUUCUCGACUGUGGCCAGCUUUAAAGGAAAAUAUUCUCCUUCUCUUCCUUUGUCUUAACAUCACAAUCAUUCCUUCUCACCAUAGUUCCCCAGUUCUGAUACAUUUCCUGGACUUCUACAUCUGGAGCAUAACAUCCCUCCCCUGAAAUGUCUUUGUUUUUCUUCAUUUUUCACGAGUUCUGUAAUGUGCAGGACACACUAUAAAGAUGAAAUAAAUAAAUCAAACAUU